CGCAUGCUCCUGCCCGCCGUCCGCCUCCGUGGGGAGUCGGAGAAGCCCCCUGCGAUGGACCAGGCUGCGGCGUCCCCGCUGGACGCGGCGACCCCCGGGAGCCGGGGCGCGCCGGCGGCGCCAGGCGCCCUGGUGGAGUUCACGCCGACCCCCUGCGGCCUGGCCCUGGUCAGCCCCUACCACGCCCACCGGGCCGGGGACCCCUUAGACCUCGUGGCGCUCGCCGAGCAGGUGCAGAAGGCUGAUGAGUUCAUCCGAGCAAAUGCUACCAACAAGCUGACUGUCAUCGCCGAGCAGAUCCAGCAUUUGCAAGAACAAGCAAGGAGGGUCUUGGAAGACGCUCAGCGAGAUGCUGACUUGCACCACGCCGCUUGUAACAUAGUGAAAAAGCCCGGCAACAUUUACUACCUUUACAAACGGGAAAGUGGCCAGCAGUAUUUUUCCAUUAUUUCUCCCAAGGAAUGGGGGAUGAGUUGCCCACACGAAUUCCUUGGUGCCUACAAACUGCAGCACGACCUGUCCUGGACGCCUUACGAAGACAUUGAGAAGCAGGAUGCCCGGCUGGGCCUGGUACACACGUUGCUCAGUCAGCCCCUGGCCCUGCCUUCACACGCUAAGCCCGGCCCCCAGGGACUGACUGCUUGCUGACCGGGGGCGCGGUCACCUCCUCGUUGCCCGACGGUCGAGGGCAGGGAGAUGAGGGGGCUCCUCGGAAGCCUGCGAAAAUGUUGGCACGUCCUUCCGCUCGUUUUCAGUCUUCGAAAGAUCAAUAAAGGCAGUGAACCUCUAAGCAGGCUGACCAAGACAAAAGAAAGAAGACACGAGUUGCCACCAUUCUAAAUGAGUCACUCUCAUUUGGGACCCUCGCUGGGGCACCGGAAUUCCCCCGUCACUGAGUGCUGGCCAGUGUCCAUUCCUUUAUUGCAUCUCUU